AUGAUAUCAGACGAAUUUGACGACGGUCUCAAAACAACACAUGAUGUACUCAAGACUGCAUCCGUUAAUACACCAGGGCUAUAUCUCCCUGAUGAGAAUAUUAAUUCGGACAAUGUCGACGAAGUGGCCAAGGUUGUUAUCUGCUCGGCUCUGAGCGACGUGCCUAUUAUUGGCUCAUUGCUCUCGGGCUUGCUGGAUGCCUUCUGGCCAGGCGGCUCAGAUAUUUGGGACAGUAUCAAGGGCAAGGUGGAAGCUCUUGUGGACGAAAAGAUCCAACAGCAUGAUGCCACUAUGAUGAGGCAGAAACUUCACGGUAUCUAUCUCGUACUCAAGAACUGGACGGACCAACCUCCAACUAGCCAGGCCAAGAACUUUCACUCGACGCUUACCUUUCUAUGCCUCGAGGCGCCUUCAUUUAUCGAGAACGAAUCACCUUGGUACUGCCUCCCCUUCAUCAUUCCCUUUGGAACGCUGUACAUCUCUGCCCUCUGGAUUCGCUGCAGAUACUGCAUGGAGAUCGACGGUACGGAUUCGUCAAAGGCCAAAUACGAAAAGAAUCUUGCAAAGGCAAUCAAGGAUUUUAAAGCUGCAGUCGCCAACGCAAGAACUCAAUGCGUCGAGAAGAGGAAGAAGGAAAUCACCCAUGAAGAAUGGAAAUAUAUGAACGGGUCUACAUACCAUGAGGUGGAGGAUAAGCGUGCCAAUUCCAAACUUAGCAUUUCAUCGGAUUGGGUUCUAUCCGAUACGAGCAAAGCCAAAUUGUACGAGCAACUCAAAUAUGAUAUCGAUACCCAAUAUGGAGUGGAACUGGACAAAAUCCUUGCACCUACUCGUCUCUGGGAGCGAUACAACCCUGGCUAUGUAGGCCAAAUCCAAUACUACCAGCACCUGGAGUAUCCCCGAUGGCUUUGGAGUGGUAUCAGGCCGGAAACAACGCGCUUCGAUGCGAGUUCGUUCUAUAAGACUGGGCGGAAGCUCAGCCGGAUUGUCUGUUACCACACUGAGAGUGGUGGAACUAGGAAAGUUGUUGGCUUGCAGUUGCACUACGGUGACGAUCACUUUGAUAUCGGGGGAAAGCAGGGUACAUGUGUUUCCAUGGAUAUUGGACGCGAUGAAGAAGUCGUCAAUGUACACGCCACGGUUUCAAAGACGAAUAAUACUCUGCAAACUAUACAGUUCACCAAGGCGCGGCAAACUUUCGACAACAAAGGGCAUGCAAAGUUCGACAAUUAUUCGAGUAUCGGGAAUGUUAAACAAAUAGUUAUGCCUGUGGGGAUGGGGUUUUUGGAUUCACUUGCGUUUCUUGCUGCGCAGGCUAACACUGACGCGCUUGACUUUGUCCAUGAUAGUGCAACCACAGAGCCACAUCCUACAAGCAUGAUUGGGGCAUCUGGAUGGUCUCACGAUGACAAAGAUGAAGGGUUCAUUGGUUUAUUUCAGCCUGUCUUUGGAUGUUGGGAAACCGUGGCGCGGGAUGGAGGGUCUACUUGGUCACUGAAUGAUCCUCGUCUGUAA